AUGGCGCCACUUCACAUGACUCUCUACGACUCAGGCCAAGACGCUGACACUAUCCAGACGCACGGCGCUGUGAAGCUCCAAAGAGAGCUCGCGCAAGUGCCCAUCACCGCCGUCGCCUUUUACCGCGACCCCGCCACCGGCGCUCUCUACGUGCUCGCCGGCGAGGACACCGACCUCGUCAUCUACCGCGUCUCCGGGCCCGACGCCUCCUCCACGCGGCAUGGCCUGCGCACCCCCGUGGCGCGCCUACGUAUCCUCCACGCGCAGCCCAUCCACGGUAUCCGCGUGCAGCAGCAGCCCGCCGGCCGCCUGCUGCUCUGGGGCGGCUCGUCCGUCGCCCUGCUCCCGCUCGCCGACCUGCCCCUCGGCGGACAGGCAGCCGACACACCGCCACCGCGCUUGGCACACGUGCAGGCACCGGACUGGAUAUACGACGGCGCCGUGUGUCCGGCAGACGACGACCUCGCGGUGCUCGUCACGGCGCACAACGAGGUCGUCACGGUGCGGCUCGACGGGGGCGCGGCGCGCAUCGCGUCGGCCCUGGUCUCGCCGUCGCGGCCUAUGCUGUACGCGGCCCACGUGUGCUGGACUGCCGAUGACGAGGUGCUCGUCGCGGCCGGCACCGUCUUUGGCGACAUCCUGGUCUGGACGUACACUCUCGGCGGCGGCGCGCCGAGGAUGCUGUAUGCGCUGUCUGGGCACGAGGGCUCCAUCUUUGGCGUGCACGUGUCGCCGCUGCUCGAGCUGCCCGGCGAGGCGAGCCCGGUGCGGCUACUGGCGAGCUGCAGCGAUGACCGCACGCUUCGCAUCUGGAAUAUUACAGAGGGCGAGGGUGGGGAACAACAAGGGGCGGACACAUUGGGCGAUACUGCGGCAGCGACGUCGGAGGUGUCAGAUACGGGGUUUCGAUGCGCGCCCGCCGUGUAUGGCGGCGGUAGAGGGCAGGGCCGCGCCGAUGUCAAGCCCAUUGCGACGGCCAUGGGCCACGCCUCACGCAUCUGGGGUGUACAAUUCGGCUUGCCUAACGAGCCCGCACUCACAGACGCCGAGCGCCGGGUCUGGGGUGGCGCGGACGGUCUACUGUCCGUGUACUCAUUUGGCGAGGACGCGACGGCGCAGAAAUGGCGCGUCGACGUGGCCGCUGCCCUGCGGGAGACGGGCGGCCUUGUCCACGACAAGACGUACACGCUGCACGACGGCAAGCACCUUUGGUCGCGGGCUCUCCUCUGCCGCGUCGAGGACGGCGUGCCGACGACCCGCGUCCUGGCCGGUGGCGCGGACAGCAAGAUUACACUGGUCACGGAGACGGCAGACCCGGUGGGCGGCUGCGAGUACAGCGGCGCGGAUACGUGGGACAUGCACGAUAUUCUGUCGGCCAUGGGACGGCCGGCGCCGGCGCCGGCCGCGGGCAAGCCCCGCAAGGAACUCAUCGGCCGCUACGACUUUAUCACGCCCGACGUGCUGCUCGCCGUGACCAGCACGGGCCGGGUGCUGCUGGGCACAUUUACAGGUGCUCGGGCUACGUGGGAGGAGCUCGUGGUGGAGGAUGAGACUGCGCGCGCGGACAUGGGCCACGUGUACGCACUCAGGACGAUCUGCUACGGCGGCGCGCUGCUGGGGUGCGUCACGGGCGGCGUGUACUACGUUGGGCUGCGCGACCGGCACGUGGUCCCGGUGGCCGGCCUCGCCGGCCGCGUGGUGGAAAUCAGCGCGCUGUCGGAGACGGCGCGACGCGGUGCGACGGGGGACGUCGAGGCCCUCAUCCACUUGCACCGCGACGCCGCCUCGGUGCUGCUCACGCUGGACCGGGCCACGGGCGCGGUCAGCAGCCAGGAGACGCUGACCGGGCUCGACAGCCGCUUCGUGGCCAUGUGCGCCGCGCGCAUCGACGACGUGAUCGCCGUCGGCUCGCGGCACGGCUGGAUCGCGCUCCUACGACGACAAGACGGUACCGGCACGCUGCGGCCGAUCCUGGAGCGGCCGCCAACUAGCAGCGACGCCGUGACGGCCAUUGUGCCGCUGCCUGCGAGCGCGGGCAGCCGCCAGACCAAGUACGUGCUGACGACGAGCCGCGACGGCGCCUACCGCAUCUUCCAGCUCGACGUUGUCGCGGGCGCGCGGAUGACGCUGCUGCACGAGACGGCGCCGCCGUUUGGGCCGUGGAUCGAGGGCGCGUGGUUCACGGCCGACGCGGAGCUGGUCCUGUACGGCUUCCGCAGCACCGACUUUGUGGUGUGGAACGAGACGCGGCGCGAGGCGCUGGCGGCGUGGGACUGCGGCGGCGCGCACCGCACCUUUCGCCUGGCGCGGGACGGCGGCGGCGGCGGCGUGCGGGUCGCCUUUACGCGGACCUCGCGCCUCGCGGUGCACGCGCAGCGGGGGUCGUCCUACGAGCCGGUGCGGCGGGGCGGUCACGGGCGCGAGGUGCGGUCGCUGGCGGCGGCCGGCAGAGCAGGGGGCUACUACGUGGCUACGGGCGCCGAGGACACGACGAUCCGGCUGUGGGCGUGCCCGGGGCGUGGUGGCGCGCUGCGGCCUCUUGCGUGUAUGAAGCGGCACGUGGCCGGCCUGCAAAAGGUGCAGUGGGCCACGGCGGACGGCGGCGCCGCGUACCUCUUGUCGAGCGGCGGCAACGAGGAGCUGUUUGCGUGGCGCGUGCGCGCGCUCGACUCGGCGUACGCGGGGCGCGUGGCCGUGGUGUGCGAGGGCGUCUUUGCGGACAAGAGCGCGCGCGAGGACCUCCGCAUCAUGGACUUUGACGCGUCCCCCGACAGCGGCGGUGGCAUGCUCCUGACCAUGGCGCGGUCCGACUCGGCGCUCCGUACGUACCGCUACACGGCAGCGUCGGGCUUUGCGCUCGUCUGCGCGGGCCGGUACACCGGGGUCUGCCUCACGCAGGUGCGGCAUCUGGAGACGAGCGGUGGGUUGCUGCAGGUGGUGACGGCGUCGACGGACGGACACUUGGCGCUCUGGCGAGGCAGCAGCAGCACGAGGACGUAUGAGCUGGUGCAGACGCUCCGGGUGCACCAGAGCAGCGUCAAGAGCCUGGAUAUGGUGCGGCUCGCGGAUGGGUACGGGGUGGCGACGGGCGGCGACGACAAUGCGCUGGCGUGGACGCUGCUGCGGCUGCGGAACGAAGAGGGCGGCUUCCGGGCGGGGCUCGGCGCGAUGGUGGAGAGGGCGCACGCGGCGGCCGUGACGGGGGUCGCGCUCGUGGAGAUGCAUGGAGAGGUGAGGUGCGUGAGCGUGAGCAACGAUCAGUGGGUGAGGACGUGGCGGUUGGGCGAGGGCGGGAUGCGGCUGCUGGGCGAGGCGUACAGCGGCGUGGCGGACGCGGGGGAUGUGGUCACGCUGGCGAGGGGCGAGGAGGAAGAUGCGAGAAGACCACGGGUCAUGGUGGCGGGUGUUGGGCUGGAGGUCUGGCGGCUGGAGUGA